AUGGACCCCAGGAAAGUUCACAGCGACAGCGUAUUCAAGUUUAGUCAGAAACCUGUCAACUCUGAAGAUCGACUAUUUGUGCAGGAGUCGUCCGAAACCAUGGGCCAUUCUUUAUCACUCACGCUGAACACCAUUUAUGUGUGUGAUGGGGGAGACAGGUUUCCAGUAGGCGUCGAAAGCAAUGAAAACAGUUUGGAGACUUGCAGUGAGGAGAUGAUAGAACCUUCUGAGAGUAACCUUCAAGAAACAGAGCCCAGAGGCGUGCAGUCAUCCAACGAGGUGGGGGAUCUGGUCAACGAAAAGAGCAGGGAGGCUUUUGAAGUCUUGGGUAAAGGUGAACUUCGGAAAGCCCUUGAGUUGUUUACGGAAGCCAUUGAGCUGAAUCCACAUCUUCCUAGUUUAUACAUCAACCGGGCCAAUGUCUUGCUGCAGCUGGAGGAGCUACAUGCCGCCAUUCAAGACUGCGACGCAGCCAUCCGACUUAACCCCAAUUCAUCGCAGCCGUACAAAUUGCGAGGAAAAGCCCUCCGGAUUUUGGGUUGUCUGAGAGAGGCGGCCAGUGACCUUGCUGUAGCUUGCAAAUUGGAUUAUGAAGAAGAGGCCAACACCACGCUGAAGAGACUGAAGUUGGGGUUUCGAAGGGUUUCGGAGAAUCAGGUGGAGCAUAUCACCCCAAGACUUAAGGAGCCCAAGAGACUCAAGAUGGCGAGGAAGGUACAAGCAACUUCAGAGGGUCAAGGGAAAGGCUGGGGAGAGGAAGCCCCUAGCACACCUUUGAAGGAUGACACAGCAGUGGUCCAUGCAUUAGAUCCUACUGGUUAUCCCCAAGAGAUGCUACAUGAAAAUAUGGAGGUUGCAGCUCAGAUGUGGAAGCAGGCCAGUGCAAAAAAGGAGGAGGCCCUUGCUGCUGUGGAGAAUGGUGAACUGCCAAGAGCCGUUGUCCUGUUGACCGAAGCAAUCAGGUUAAACCCCCGGGUUACCGACCUGUAUGCUAGCCGAGCCAGGACUUUCCUGCAGCUGCGUAUGCCCAGCGCUGCCGUAAGAGACUGCAACCAAGCUAUCUCCAUAAACCCUAACUCAGCAUUGUUGUAUAAAUGCCGGGGGGCAGCCUAUCGUCUCCUAAAAUACUGGCAGGAGGCUGCUCAAGAUCUGGAUUUGGCCUGUCAACUAGAUUACGAUGAAAGCACCUACGCGAUGCUGAAGGAGGUCGAAGUGAAAGCCCGCCAAAGGGGUCAGCCGGCAGGGCAUGAAAACGAUGUUGCAUCUCAAGUACAGGAACUGAGAGUUCAGGAAAAGGCUACGCAAAAAUGGGGUGAUGAAUCUGAGAGUGAGGAAAGUGAAGUGGAUAUUGAUACUCUUGAGGUGGUAGAACCCUAUGAAGACACUCCUCAAGAGAUGGGCGACGAAAGGUUGAAGGUGACGGAAGACAUGCGGAAACAGGCCAGUGAAAGGAAGAGAGAGGCCUUCGAUGCAGUCAAUAAGGGUGAGCUUUUAAGAGCGGUAGAGCUCUUCACAGACGCCAUUAAGCUCAAUCCACACCUUACUACCUUAUAUGCAAACCGGGCCAGCGUCUAUCUGAAGCUUCAGAAGCCCAACGCAGCCAUCAGAGACUGUGAUAAAGCCAUACAGAUUAACCCAGAUUCUGCCCAGCCCUACAAGUGGAGAGGAAAAGCACUGCUGCUACUUGGCUACUGGCAGAAGGCUGCAAAGGACCUUGCCAUAGCCUGUGAGCUGGAUUACGAUGAGGAAUCCUAUGCCAUGUUAAGGGAGGUACAACCGAAGGCUCUGAAAAUGGCCAAAUACUGGAGGAAGCACGAGCAGGGGCAGGAGGAAAGAAAGUACAAUGACCAACUGGAUACAAUUCAGAAAGCUCGUGAAAAGCACGAAGGAGUUCAAGCGACCCAAGUUGAGCCAGAAAGCAAUCACAGCAGAACUACGGUAUACCAGAGGAGUAUCUGGGGACAAAGCAUAAAAAAACCCCAAAAUAUCAGAAGGGCAGUACUGAGGAAACAGGCGAGCACGCUCCAAAAGGAGUUGGAAGGAAGUCUGCAGGAAGGGAUGAGGCAACAACGGAGGUCUUAUGAAGAGACUGCAGGACAAGGAAACUUGCAACAAAAAAUAUUGGAAGAACAAGAAAAUCCUCAGCCCAAAAAACUGGAAAACCAUAGGUUGGUCCAGCAGAAAGAGCUGGAAAAGCAGUUGAAAGCACUUCAGGAGGAGCUGGAGGAAAAGCUGAGCACUCAAGAAGAGGAACUGGAGCUAGAGGAGAAGAUUUUGCAGACAAUAUUAGAAGAACGGAAAAGAUCACAGCAAGCUCAAGAGGAAGCCUACAAAAAGCUCCUAGAAGAACAAGGGAGAGCCCACAAAAUGGCUCUACAGGAACUAGCAAUAGUUCAGCAACAGGCUCUGGAAGAGUUGGCAAUAGCUCAGAAGAAAGCGCUGGAGGGACAGGAAAGAGCUCGGCAGCAGGCACUGGAGGAACAGGAGAGGGCUCAGAAAGUGUUGGAAAGAGCUCAUAAGCAGGCACUGGAGGAACAGGAAAGAACUCAGAUGGCAGCCAGGGAAGAACAGGAGCAAGCACAGAAAAAAUCUCUAGAAGAAAAGAAGAGGAUUGAAGCAGCCCUGGAAGAACUUGCAAAGACUCAAAGGAAGGUCCUAGAGGAACAAGAGAAGGCCAAGAAAAAAGCAUGGGAAGAAACAGAGCUUGUAAAGAAGGCUGAGGAAGAGCUUUCAGAAAUUCAGAGAAAGAUCCUAGAAGAACAAGAAAGGGCUAAGAGAGCAAUGCGAGAACGAAAGAUGGCCGAGGCAGCCCUGGAAGAGCUUUCAAAGACUCAAAGGAAGUUCCUACAAGAACAAGAAAGAGCUGAGAAGAAAGCCAAGGAGAAAAGGGAGGUGGCUAAAGCAGCCAUGGAAGAACUUGCAAAGGUUCAGAGAAAGAUCCUAGAAGAACAAGAAGAAGCAGAAAAGAAGGCAACAAAUAAAAUACAGAGAGCUCAAAAAGCCGAGGAAGAACUUUCAGAAAUUCAGAUAAAAGUCCUCGAAGAACAGGAAAAGGCUAAAAAAGCAAGAAAGGAACAAGAAAUGGCCGAGUCAGCCCUGGAAGAGCUUUCAAUGAUUCAUAGCAAAGUCCUAGAAGAACAGAAAAGAGCUGAGAAUAAAGCAAUACAAGAAAGAAUGAUGGCUGAGGCAGCCCUGGAAGAACUUGCAAAGACUCAUAAGAAGGUACUAGAAGAACAAGAAAGAGCUGAGAAGAAAGCGAAGAAGGAAAGACAGAUGGCUGAAGCGGACCUGGAAGAACUUGCAAAGGUUCAGAGAAAGAUCCUAGAAGAACAAGAAGAAGCGGAAAAGAAGGCAACAAAUGAAAUACAGAGAGCUCAAAAAGCCGCCCUGGAAGAACUUGCAAAGACUCAUAAGAAGGUCCUAGAAGAACAAGAAAGAGCUGAGAAGAAAGCGAAGGAGAAAAGAAAGAUGGCUGAAGCGGACCUGGAAGAACUUGCAAAGGUUCAGAGAAAGAUCCUAGAAGAACAAGAAGAAGCGGAAAAGAAAGCAACGAAUGAAAUACAGAGAACUCAAAAAGCCAAGGAAGAACUUUCAGAAAUCCAGAUAAAGGUCCUUGAAGAACAGGAAAGGGCUGUAAAAGCAAUAAAAGAACGAGAAUUUGCAGAGGCAGCCAUGGAAGAGCUUUCAAAGAUUCAUAGGAAAGUCAUAGAAGAACAGGAAAAGGCUGUGAAGAAAACAAAGGAGGAAAGGAAGAUGACUGAAGCAGACCUAGAAGAACUUGCAAAGAUUCAGAGAAAGAUCCUAGAUGAACAAGAAGAAGCGGAAAAGAAAGCAAUGUACGAAAUACAGAAAGCUCAAAAAGCCAAGGAAGAACUUUCAGAAAUUCAGUUAAAGGUCCUUGAAGAACAGGAAAAGGCUAAAAAAGCAAUACAAGAACGAGAUAUGGCCAUGGCAGCCCUGGAAGAGCUUUCAAAGACUCAUAGAAAGGUCCUAGAAGAACAGGAAAGGGCUGAGAGGAAAACAAAGGAGGAAAGACAGAUGGCUGAAACAGACCUGGAAGAACUUGCAAAGAUUCAGAGAAAGAUUCUAGACGAACAAGAAGAAGCGGAAAAGAAAGCAAUGAAUGAAAUACAGAAAGCUCAAAAAGCCAAGGAAGAACUUUCAGAAAUUCAGAUAAAAGUCCUCGAAGAACAGGAAAAGGCUAAAAAAGCUAUGGAAGAACGAGAAAUGGCCGAGUCAGCCCUGGAACAAAUUUCAGUGAUUCAUAGGAAAAUCCUAGAAGAACAAGAAAGAGCUGAGAAAAAAGCAAUACAGGAAAGAAUGAUGGCUGAGGCAGCCCUGGAAGAACUUUCAAAGACUCAUAGGAAAGUUCUAGAAGAACAAGAAACAGCUGAGAAGAAAGCAAAGGAGGAAAGAAAGAUGGCUGAAGCAGACCUGGAAGAACUUGCAAAGAUUCAGAGAAAGAUCCUCGACGAACAAAAAGAAGCAGAAAAAAAAGCAAUGAAUGAAAUACAGAGAGCUCAAAAAGCCAAGGAAGAACUGUCAGAAAUUCAGAUUAAAGUCCUUCAAGAACAGGAAAGGGCUAAAAAAGCUAUGGAAGAACGAGAAAUGGCCGAGUCAGCCCUGGAACAAAUUUCAGUGAUUCACAGGAAAGUCCUAGAAGAACAAGAAAGAGCUGAGAAAAAAGCAAUACAAGAAAGAAAGAUGGCUGAGGCAGCCCUGGAAGAACUUGCAAAGACUCAUAGGAAAGUCCUAGAAGAACAAGAAACAGCUGAGAAGAAAGCAAAGAAGGAAAGAAAGAUGGCUGAAGAAAGGGCUAAAAAAGCUAUGGAAGAACGAGAAAUGGCCGAGUCAGCCCUGGAACAAAUUUCAGUGAUUCACAGGAAAGUCCUAGAAGAACAAGAAAGAGCUGAGAAAAAAGCAAUACAAGAAAGAAUGAUGGCUGAGGCAGCCCUGGAAGAACUUGCAAAGACUCAUAGGAAAGUCCUAGAAGAACAAGAAACAGCUGAGAAGAAAGCAAAGAAGGAAAGAAAGAUGGCUGAAGCAGACCUGGAAGAACUUGCAAAGAUUCAGAGAAAGUUACUAGAUGAACAAAAAGAAGCAGAAAAGAAAGCAAUGAAUGAAAUACAGAGAGCUCAAAAAGCAGCCCUGGAAGAACUUGCAAAGACUCACAGGAAGAUCCUAGAAGAACAAGAAAGAGCUGAGAAGAAAGCGAAGGAGGAAAGACAGAUGGCUGAAGCGGACCUGGAAGAACUUGCAAAGAUUCAGAGAAAGAUCCUAGAUGAACAAGAAGAAGCAGAAAAGAAAGCAAUGAAUGAAAUACAGAGAGCUCAAAAAGCCAAGGAAGAACUUUCAGAAAUCCAGAUAAAGGUCCUUGAAGAACAGGAAAGGGCUGUAAAAGCAAUAAAAGAACGAGAAUUUGCAGAGGCAGCCAUGGAAGAGCUUUCAAAGAUUCAUAGGAAAUUCCUAAAAGAACAGGAAAUGGCUGCGGAAAAAGCAAUGCAAGAAAGAAUGAUGGCCGAGGAAGCCCUGGAAGAACUUUCAGAAAUCCAAAGGAAGGUCCUAGAAGAACAAGAAAAGCUUGAACAGAAAGUAUCGAAAGAAAGAGAAAGAGCUCAAAAAGCUCAGGAAGAACUUGAAGAGGCUGAGAAGAGAGCGAUUAAAGAAAUGGAGAAAGUUUGGAAGGCCCAAGAAGAAUUUUCAAAGAUCCAGGGUAAGUCCCUAGAAGAAAAGGAAAAGGCUAACAAAGCAAUAAAAGAAAGAGAAACCGCUGAGGCAGCCCUGAAAGAACUUUCAGAGGUUCAAAGAAAGAUCUUAGAAGAACAGGAAAGAGCAGAGAAGAGAGCAGUAAAAGAGAGGGAGAAAUCAGAGAGAGCCCAAAAAGAACUGGAUCUCGCUCAGAGGAGGGCCCUAGAGGAGUUGGAGGUAACUCGGAGAAAGGCCACGGAAGAAAAUGAAAGAGCCCGACAAACGGCUCUAGAGGAGCAAAGGAAAGCACAGCUGUCUGUGGAAGAACUGGAGAAAGCGCAUGCCAGAGCCAUGGAGAAACAGCAGAGAAUUCAGAUGAUGGCCUUUGAAGAACAGAAGAGAGCUAGGAUGAUGCUCACGGAACUAGAGGAAACACAGAAAAGGGCCUUGGAGGAACAAGAGAGAGCAAAGAAAUUGGCCCUCAGUGAACAAAUUAGAGCUCACCAGGCUAUAGAGGAAUUGGCGAACCUUCAGAAAGUAGCUUUGGAGGAACAAGAGACAGCGGAGAAGGCGGCCCUGGUAGAACAGCAGAGAGCAAAGAAGAUGUUAAAGGAACUGGAAGAAGCGCAGAGAAAGGCUACGGAGGAACAACAGAGGUCACAGAUGAGAUCCUUAGAGCAACAAGAGAGAGCGCGUCUAGCUAUGGAAGAAUUGGCUAGGGUUCAUAAGGCCGCUCUGGAGGAACAACAGAGGGCUGAGAAGAAGGCCUUGGAAGAACAGAAAAGAGCCCGACUAGCCAUUGAAGAACUGGAGAGAGCAAAACAACUCCACGUCCUGGAGGAACUGGGAAGAACAACCAAUAGAAAUCUCGUGCCGACCCGGGAGGAGCCUGGGGAAGGCAACAUCAUGCUAAAAACAGGUGCUAGAGAACCGGAAGGCAUUCAGAAGAAAGGUCUAGAGCACAACUUCAUUUAUAAAACGAUGUGUAUGGAACAAUCAUUGAAAGAACAGCCACAACUGAAGAAGGUCAUAGAGCCUGGGAAGAGUGCCUCGAAACCAGCACCAAACUCUGUUUUGGACUUCCUCGAAACGGAGUGA